UUAUUUCACUAAAUAUUUUUCAGCAACAUAAAAGAAGAUGAACGACAAUCUCUGCAUUGGAGAGAAUUUAUCGUGGUUAAAAACUACAGUAGCACCUUUGUUGUGCAUAUUGUUUACUUUUAAAGGCAUUUUGGCGACACACAACAAUGGAUUUAAAUUGUUGUCUCUACUUUCUUCUGGAAGUCUAACCAAGAUAGUAUGUUCCGCCAUAGUCCUCAAGGUUUUGUUUGAUAUGGUUUGUUUGAUCCUUAAUGUCAGUUUCGUCCGACGGAAGGUCUUCAAACCUUACAAAACUAAGAAACUUACUCUCAUCGUCACAGUUUUCAUGACUUUCUCCACUGCUGAUUGUCCAGAGGGUUUAUUUCGUCAUGAUGGACAGAAUGGGACCAUUGUUUGCUGUAAAGGUGUAACAUGUUCUCCAGGAUCAUACGUUCGAACUUGUUCAGUGAACAAAACAGAGGAUACUUGUCUGCCAUGUCCAUCUAAAAGUUACCUAUUGGAUUCUACAAAUUCUGGCUUCCCAGUCCCUUGUUUUGAAGUUAAUUGUCCUCCAGAAGCAGCGUUUUCCACAACAUUCCCGAAGACCGGUUGCAGACUAAGAUGUAGAUGUGAUUCUUCCAGAGGAUUUAUCGGACAUGACCCGUGCAAUUGCAAACGCGUGGUUCAAGUAAAUGAAACCAAACAGAGAAAGCAACCAGAGGAAGACCAUCAAAGAUUUUCUUGUGCUUUUAACACCAUCCAAAAACCCAUAGUACUUGUUACAAUUACCACCGGAUUGAUUAUACUGGUUUGGUGUCUAUACUUGCUGCAUGACAGAUUAUAUCACGGUCACAGAAUGCAUGAGCAGAAUGUAUAAUGACGAAUGUAAGGACGCGGAUCUGAUAUUUACACGAAGAUCUCUUUGCGAUUUUUUAAAUGAAAUAAAUUAUUUUCAGUGUCCACAUCUGAUUCUGGCAUAUGUUAGCAUUUUUAUUUUUAUAGGAGAAUCUCUUUGUAAAGGAAAUGAAAUUGUAUGUUUUUUGAUUAAUAUAAAUUAUUAACGCAUGAU